CCUACAGAAUGUAGGAAGAGGAAAGGAGCUGGUUCUUUGCUCAACAGGGUAUGGAAGGCUACGAAGAGUUAUUUCCACUGCUGUUGCCACAGUUGUGCUGUGGAUGUUGUGGAGCCUUUUGUCCCUCCACCAGAUCUGGAGCCAAAGCCUGAUCCUGAGCCUUCAUCCCCUGCACCAGAUCCCUCCGGCGUCAAGCCGAAUAAUGGUCGCUCCAGAUCCUUGAGAACUGCUUCCACAGAUUCUUCACCGGGAAUCACGUCACCAUCAUCUUUGUCCCUCUCUAAGGACAAUGUAGAGAGGAGGUUCUGUGGAGAGUGGUUAAGCCUUAGCAGCAGAGGCUCGUACAUCGUUGAAUGGAGGUGGAGUGGUGAUAUUUCGGAUAGCCGAAACGAACAGAGCGGUUGCAGCAACUGCUGUUUGUCCAGGUCCGAAAGCCUCGAAGGGUUUCUGUGCCCUCCACUGCCAGGUCAAGUUCCUGUCGAGCCAACAGAGACAGAGACAAACGGCCGAACUGCUCAGGGUGCCAUGGAGGAUUCUCCAGUGAACAAGAGCUCAACAGAGUCCUUUGAGUCUCUCUAUAACAUGGGAAAGAUGAUUGGAUCCGGAGGAUUUGGCAGGGUGUACAAUGCAACACGCAAAUUUGAUGGCAAAAAGGUUGCCAUCAAGCGGAUGCGUAAGAUUGACAAUGAUCGUUAUCUUAAUAUUCCUGGGCAUCCCGAACCUCUCGUUACUGAAGUGGCGCUGCUGCUAAUGAUGAGGCGAGAACCCAUAAGCCCCUUCGUCAUACAACUGUACGACUGGUUUGAACAUCCUAAAACAUUCACUCUGGUUAUGGAGUACCCGGAACCCUGCGAGAGCUUGCUGGACUUCAUCACUCUUCAUCCUCGACUGUAUGAACCAGCAGCACGGGUCAUCAUGCAACAGGCUGUGCUGGCAGUGCAACACUGCAUCGAGCAUGGUGUUUUCCAUAAUGACAUUCAUGCAGAGAAUUUCCUGUUGAAGAAACACUCGUUUGACCUCAAGCUGAUAGACUUUGGAUGCGGUCAGCUAUUUAGUAGUGAUGGCUACGAGAGCAACAUAUACAUUGGAAUACAGGACCACUGCCCACCUGAAGUCUUGACAGAACCUCGAUUCCACGCCGUCCCAGCAAAUGUCUGGGCUCUAGGAGUGUUGCUGUACAAGAUGUCGAACGCAUGUCGUCCUUUUUGUAAUAGAACGGAAAUCACACACGCCAAAGUUACAUUUCAGAACUCCAACUUAUCCAAAGGAAAGAAUAUACAUGCUGUCCUUGGUGGAAGGCUUGAGCUCGAGACUUGACCGAAGCCUGAAGUCCAACCGCAACCUGACAGGGAACUCAGAGCCUGUCGACGUCUGAGCAAGAACAUGAGACACACUGCAAGACUGGAAAGAAGUCAUCAAGUCAUCAC